AUGAGCCUGGCAAGUGCAACGGUGCCAACAUCAACGGCUGGCUUUCAAGGCGGGGCACGCCAGCGAGAGUUGAUCAUGGAGCAGAAAGUAAGCAAACUGACGUCUGGCUUCCAACGCAGUUCCACCUCAGAUGAUGACUCAGGCUGCGCGCUAGAAGAGUAUGCCUGGGUACCACCCGGCCUUCGCCCUGAGCAAGUCCAGCUAUACUUCUCUUGCCUGCCAGAGGACAAGAUUCCAUAUGUAAACAGUCCAGGAGAAAAGUUCAGGAUCAAGCAGCUACUCUACCAACUACCGCCACAUGAUAACGAGAUCCGUUACUGCCAGUCUCUCAGCGAGGAAGAGAAGAAGGAGCUGCAUAUGUUCAGCGUCCAGAGAAAGAAGGAAGCACUGGGGAGGGGCACACCGAAGCUGUUGCCCCGCAGUCGUGUGAACAGCAUUUGUGUGCAUUGUGGUGAGAGCAUCAACGGUGGCGAAAUGGUAGUAUUUGCAGCCAGAUCGGGUCCUGGAACGUGCUGGCACCCAGCGUGCUUUGCCUGCUCCACAUGCAAUGAACUGCUGGUGGAUUUGAUCUACUUCUUCCACAAUGGGAAGAUCCACUGCGGAAGGCACCAUGCAGAACUUCUCAAACCUCGCUGCUCAGCCUGCGAUGAGAUCAUCUUUGCUGAUGAAUGCACAGAGGCUGAAGGGCGUCACUGGCACAUGAAGCACUUUGCCUGUUUUGAAUGCGAGACAAUUCUGGGGGGCCAGCGCUACAUCAUGAAGGAUGGACGACCCUAUUGCUGUGGCUGCUUCGAGUCUCUGUACGCAGAGUACUGCGAGGCAUGUGGAGAACAUAUCGGUGUUGACAAUGCUCAGAUGACAUACGAAGGUCUCCACUGGCAUGCUACUGAGAGCUGUUUCAGCUGUGCUCAGUGUAAAAGCUCCCUAAUUGGCUGCCCCUUCCUACCACACCAGGGUCGUAUCUACUGCUCUAAGGCCUGCAGCCUCGGGGAGGAUGUGCAUGCAUCCGAUUCCUCUGACUCUGCCUUCCAGUCAGCACGUUCCCGUGAGUCACGUCGCAGUGUACGCAUGGGCAAGAGCAGUCGAUCGGCUGAUCAGUGCCGUCAGUCGCUCCUUUUCUCCCCUUCGGUCAACUAUAAGUUUCCUGGAUUUAGUGGAAACCCUGAAGACACCAUGACCAACAAGCUUGCCCACUUGAACCUAUCUGACGAGCAUUUCUGGAGAGUGCGUGGUGAAGAGAACGAGGCACCUGAGGAUCAAGGGGAAGAGUGGGCAGAGCAUGAAGACUACAUGACUCAAUUACUACUAAAAUUUGGUGAAAAUGGAGUUUUCAGACAAGCCAGUGACAACAGACCCACAGAUUUUUGGGUUGCAGAAAGUGAUGCAAAGUCAAAGCAGGAGUCAUUCAAAGCUGGUUGCAGUGGCGAAGGAAGGGGCAGUCUAGCUAGCAAGAAAUACCAAGCUGACAUGUACUGGGCCCAGUCCCAAGAUGGGCUAGGAGACUCGGCAUACGGUAGUCACCCGGGCCCAGCAAGCAGCAGGAAGAUCCAAGAACUUGAGCUGGACCAUGGAGCUGGACCAAGCAUGGGAGAUGAAUCGCAAUGGUACAGUGGUUCUUUGGAGUGCAUUGGUGACUUCAAAAAGAAUGAUCAGAGUGUUAGAGACUCCAUGGACUCACUGGCCCUCUCCAAUAUUACUGGGACCUCUGUUGAUGGUGAUAGUAAAGACAGACCUUUGGUCUACUCCAUGCAAGGUUUCCAUGAGCUUGAGACAGAAGACUGUGAAAAAACAAGUAACAUGGGAACACUCAACUCCUCCAUGUUACACAGGAGUACAAACUCACUGAAGAGCCUUGUUUCUGAGCAUGAAAUAGAGGAAAAUGUGGUCGAAAAAGAGGCCAUAUGUCUCCCAGAAGCGAGACCUAAAUCACAUGUCCCUGCCCUUCGAAGGUCACGUUCACAAGCUAGGCAGCAGCAAGUGAAAUUCUCAGAUGAUGUGCUUGACCGCUAUAGUGACCUUCAGGUGCGACCGCCCCCAAUGAGCGAACGGACUCGCCGCAAGGCUUUUAAUUUUGAGGAGCAGGGCCAAGAAAAUCCUUCUGGACGAAGCCAUCACCAUCACAAGAGGCGUCAUAGUCGCAAGUCACGCUCUGACAACGCUCUUAAUCUUUUGCCAAAAGAAAGGCCCAAAGGAGGUUAUGAAAUCGACCAAAGACUGAAUGCACAUGGUUUAAGGAGAGACCAUGGUUUCCAUGGACACCCACCGGCAGGCACCAUGUCAGAUUACAGGCUUCGGGGUUCAGCCAUGGGUAGGUUCUUGGAUCUAUGUGAGGACGUUGACGAUUGGUGCUCAACAUGCUCGUCCUCUUCAUCUGAUUCUGAAGAGGAGGGCUUUUUCCUGGGUCAGCCCAUUCCUCAGCCGAGGCCAUUUAGACAUUACUAUACUGAAGACUUGCCCAGCCCUGUUGCAGGCAUAUCCCCCCCUCCCUAUGGCCUAAGGACUAAAUCCAAAAAGAAGAAAGGACAUAAGGGUAAAAACUGCAUCAUUUCAUAG